CUUUCGUCUCCAAACCUUUUCUAUUUGUAUUCUCAGUAUCAUUUGCAAUGGGGAGCAAGUUCACAACACCAAGGAAAUCGCAAGCGUUGAAGACGGCCGAAUCUGCAGGCAAGAAACAAACCAGCCUAUUCAGCUUCUUUGCCUCUCCAAAGGGGGUUGCAAACCUGAACGUCGCUAUCAACGAGGAGGACGGAUCCUUCAAUGAUGAUGACCUGCCCAUGGACGACGACAUACUCAAAGACAUUGAGAUGGCCGAAGAGGAAUACGCAAAAUCACCUUUGAAGCCCAGAGCAAAGCCGGCAGCUGGCUGGAGACCGAGGAUGAUGAUGCCGAUGACGGACGACGACGAUGCUGAUGGCACCUUUGUACCUGAAGAACUGUCGGCUGCUACCAGAUCCAGUGGUCGCAAUGGACGAGUCAUCGACGAUAGCGACGACAGCGACUAUGGCACCCCGUUGUCGCUGUCAGCUCCGAAGCGCAGCACUGGCGAUGUGAUGCUGAAGACCCCGAGCAAGAGGCAGCGGCUCCAUCGUGGCACCAGCACAGCCACGACCAGCUGUGACGAGCCCUCGCUAAUGACGCUGCUCAACAGAUCACAGGCGCCCUGCCCGACUCACUCCAUUCCGCUGAUGGCAACGCUCCAGAGCCCGAAGCAGUCGACACUGGCGGUCACUGCAAACGAUGCGCGCAAGGAGCGGGUAGCAAAGUUUGCCAAGAAGAACGAAGAGCGGUAUGCGUGGCUCGAGGACGUCAAGGAUGCCCAGGGACGCACGCUGUUUAUUCCAAGCAGCGCGUGGAAGAAGUUUUCGGCGUUCGAGAAGCAGUAUUGGGAAAUCAAGAGCAAGCACUGGGACACGGUUGUGUUUUUCAAGAAGGGCAAGUUCUACGAGCUGUACGAGAACGACGCAUCAAUUGGCUCACAGGAAUUCGACUUGAAAAUGACCGACCGUGUCAACAUGCGAAUGGCCGGUGUGCCCGAGUCGUCAUUCGACCACUGGGUUGCGCAGUUCAUAGCCAAGGGGUACAAGGUUGCCAGGGUAGACCAGUUGGAGAGUAAGCUGGCCAAGGAUAUGCGCGAGAGAGGCAGCUCCAAGAAGGGCGACGGGCUGGAGAACGCGGAGGACGUCGCUGCUUCCGGCACAAACAUCGCGACUUCAUUUGGCGUCGCCUUUUUCCAUAUGUGCAGCAUCAAGAACGACGAUGCGGAUCGCAGUGGGCUUGAGACGCUGCUGGUGCAGAUCAACCCUCGUGAAGUGGUUUAUCGCGGUGUCCCGUCUCUGACUGCGGUCAGUCUAACCAAGGGGAGCACCAGCACCAGCAUCAUGUCGCUUGAGCAGCUGUCGCUGUCGGGACCCGAAGCGUGGGACGGUAUGGCGGGGCUGUCGCAACCGACAUGGCGGGCGCUCAAGAAUACGUGCGCACCAAGCACCGACUGGAUUGCACUGACUGCGCGCAAAGAGUUCUGGGAUCUGGAACAGGCAUUCUACUUUGACGAGAAGGCUAGCGACAUGAGCACCUGGCCGGUCCUGCUUCGUGAUGCUGCUGAAAACGACACGCUGGCAUUGACCGCACUUGACAAGGACCUGCCCAUGCAGAACGACACGGCCUUGGUUCUGGACGGACCAACCAUUUCCAACCUUGACUUCGGAGGAGCUGCUAUGUCUGCAGCAUCCAAGAUUGGCACGCUGUUUGCGCUUCUAAACCACGCGCUGACACCCCGCUGGACCUGCCACCCGCUGAAGAGUGCCAACGUUGUCGAGUAUCUGAUGUCUCGCGGUGAAGUGGCUGAUACUAUCUGCACAACACUGCGCUCGUUGGCUGAUUUAGAGCGUGUGCUGAGCCGUGUCCACUCUGGCCGGUGCAAGGUUGCUGACUUCAUCUCACUGCUCGAAGGCCUGGGUGCAGCAAACGAGCUAAUCGCUGCGCUGCCUGCGCGGCUCCAGUCGCUGCUGACUAUGUUCCCACCCAUUGGCGAUCUGCUCAGCCAGAUCAAUGCGGCGUUCGACCAGACGAUGGCAGCAAACGAGGGACGGCUGCUCCCGUUCCCUGGUGCAGAUUCGGAAUACGACAAGGUCCUGGUGCAGUUGACUGAGCUCGAUGCGUGGUUUGACCAGCAUUUGAAGGAGAACCGUAAAAAGUUCAACAGCAAGAGCAUCGACUACAAGCACAUGGGCAAAGAACCAUACCAGCUUGAGAUGCCAGUCUCAGUCAAGGUUCCCGACAGCUACUUCAAGCUGUCUGGCACCAAGGCGGUCAACCGCUACUGGUCGCCUGAGCUGCGCACCAAGGUCCAGGAACGUGCCGAAGCCCUUGAGACCAAGUCGAUGGUGCUCGACAGCUACCAGACCCGCCUGUACGCGAAAUUCGACCUAUCGGUGGUUUCGGAACUCGAUUGUCUUGUGGCGCUGACUGUUGCUUCGUCGUCGCUGGGCAUGCCGCUGUGCCGUCCCGAGAUUCUCGAGCCCGCCGAUAAUUGCGGCGGCUAUAUUCGAGUUCCGCCAGCUGCCGGGGCAAUUUCUGAUUUCGUUGCGAACGACAUUGUGCUGGGCCGCCAUAGCGAAUCCAGUAUGAUGUCCAGCGGCGACCAGGAUGACGGAGCGUCAAUGAUUCUCUUGACUGGGCCGAACAUGGGUGGAAAGUCAACGCUACUGAGGCAGCUGUGUCUGGGUGUCAUCCUGGCCCAGCUUGGGUGCUAUGUUCCGGCGCAGUCGGCCAGAAUCACCCCUGUCGACCGCCUGUUUACCCGUAUUGGGGCCCGCGACCAUCUGCUGGCCGGCCGCUCCACGUUUAUGGUUGAAAUGGCCGAGACGGCGACCAUUCUGCGCUACGCGACCCCGCACUCGCUGGUGGUCCUCGACGAGCUCGGCCGUGGCACCAGCACACACGACGGCGAGGCAGUCGCCUUUGGCGUGCUCCACGGUCUGUGUGCACGCCUUGGCUGCCUGGGCCUAUUCUCGACCCACUACGGACUGCUUGCCGAGUCUCUGCUCAAGGGCAUCACCUCCAAAAGCUCGGGCACGGUCGAGCCGCACCUCAGGCCCAUGUUUAUGGCGUGCGCAGUGAAUGAAGAGGAGCACCGUGUCACCUUCCUGUACCGCUUGACGCGCGGAGUGGCCUCCAAAUCGCACGGCAUGAAUGUGGCGGCAAUGGCGGGCGUGCCAGUAUCGAUUGUCAAGCAGGCAAACGAGGUUGCAGAGAAGUUUGAGCAUGGGGUCAAGCAGCGGCAGAAGGUGCGCCAGAUGGAUGUCGAUGUCGACGAGUCGGAUGAUAUGAUGCCGUUGGCGCUGCAGAGCGAUUUUGCUAAUCUGCUCCGCAUGGCUGCGCUCGAGUCAAAGCGCGGGGGGCGCAAUGCCGAGCACAACGAGCCCGUCGGCGGGGUAGCAGGCGCACAGCGCGCAAAUGAAAACCAGUACUGGCCGUGCAUUGUCAACCAUCUCAGGCGGAUUAUGCACUGAGAUUGCGCAUUAUUCAAUAAAUUUAAACUCCAGCAUCA